AGUUAAUUGUCCAGCUAAUGACGCGUAUUCCAUAUAAAGUUGAAUAUUUCUUUUUUUAUUAAGAAAUUUUGAAUAGAAAACAAGUGUUUUUUGUGAAAAAAACAAAAAAAGAGUAAUGACAAAUUGUCAAAAUAAAUAAUUUAUGAUGAUUUGAAAGACUAUUUUGGAAAUAUAUACACGCAAAAAAAGAGUCAAGUGCAAUAUGCCAUCUUGAAAUCAGCUGUCAACAGAAAAAAAAUUCAAUGAAUGAGAGGAAAUGGAAAUAUCACAAACAAAUUUGACAAUUGGCGAUAAUUCUGUGGAUUUUUCAAGUAUCUCAAUAAAAAAGGAAAUUCAUACAAAUGAUCAACAAUUAGAUCGUUACAGUUCAGUGAAAAUAAGAAAAACAUUAAAUAACGAAUGUCUGGAGGAAACGGAAACAUGUCCAAGAAUUUUGCAAAAUUUCACAUUCCUCGAUCCAAAUCUCAAUGCUAUUCAACAUAAUAAUGAAUCGUCAACAAUAAAUAAUAUUCUCACAGAUCCACUUUAUGUUAAUUCAAUUAAUUCCGCAAGUAUAAGUGGAGAAAUAACAAAACGUGAUACAACUAAUGAUAAUAUUGUCACAACAAUAUCAAAUGAUUUAUUGGAGAGUUUAAAUAUACAUAUUAAAAAAGAAACCGGUAGUUCCGAUGAAACAUAUUCGACAGAAUGGCUUUGUGAUGUUAAUGAGGAUCCUGGAAUAAAAUUGAAAAUUACAAAAAAUAUAAAAAUUGAAAAAAUCGACGACGACGACGACGACAACGACGAUAAUUCGGCAAAUGAUACUGAUAAUUUUGAUGAGAAAACAAUAAAUGAACAACCAAAGAGAAAAAUAUGUUCAAUUUCAUUGUCCGAUUGUCGUGAGAGAUUGAGAAAAAAAGCUGAACGUAUGCGCGAGAGACGAAAGAAACUCUACGAGACAGAAUCGCCUAACGAGAGAAUUGAACGUCUUGCCAAGGAGGCAGCAAAAAGACGUGAAAUGAGAAUGUAUUAUGAGACGCCCGAUCAAAAGAGAAAACGUCUUGAUGUUGAGGCAGCGCGUAAACGUGAAUACAGAAUGUACAAUGAAACACCAGACGUGAGACGAAGUCGAUUGGAUCGCGAGGCCGAACGAAGAAGAUUAAAACGAUUGAAUUUAUAUGCGAAUGAAUCGCCAGAAAAGAGACGCGAGAGAUUAAAUAAAGAAUCAGCGAAAAGACGUGAGGCACGAUUAAAUCAGUACGCAAAAGAAAGUGUUGACGAAAGAAAAGAAAGAUUAAAACGUGAUGCAUUACGUGCAAGAGAAAUGAGAUUUACAAGAUCGGCAAUUGAAAGUGAAGAUGAGCGACGUGAUCGUUUAAUAAAGGAUGCAAUGCGUAAAAAGGAAUUACGUAUGCUUAGUCGCGAAACGGAUAAUAAUUACACGGAAUUACAGACUGUUAGAAGUUUCGACGAUUUAAAUGAUUCACAGGUAAAAAAUGAAUUUGAAAGUCAAUUUAGUGGACAUUACAUGAGUAAUUGGAUGGUGUGGUUUCAAAAUACUUUAACACAACAAGUUCAAUCCUCGGAUGAGAGUAUUGAUCCACAGUCAAGUAAAUAAAUAGUAUUUUUUAUUUAUUAAAAUUCAAUACAAUUGUGAAUAUUUUCCGAAAAUUCUUACUGUCAUCAAAUUUUUCUUUGCACCGAAAUAUAUUUAAUUUUGAUAAUAUUAAUUACGGUUUAAAUUUGCACUUUGAAAGAAAAGCGAUGAUUAUUUUCAUAAAGUUCAUUUAGUUUUGUAUUUCCAGUAAAUUGAAUUUUAUUAGAAUUUUUACAACAAGAAAUAUUUAUUUAAUCAAAUUAAUUUAUUGAUUCAUAAAUAAUAGAUGAAAAAAACAAAUUAAA